GAUUAGAACAGUGCGGGGGAGGGGGCUUGUUUUUAGCAGCUGCAACAAGGUCGUUCUUUGUGUCAAAAUUCAGAUUCUUGUGACGAACAAUUAGUUUCAAGUAUUAACUUUGUGGCGUGAGUGAUUAUACUUCUACAACCAAAAUAAUUAUUUUUGUUGUUCGUGUGUGCCUUUAUUUUUAGAACUUAGUUUUUAAAUAAUCUGUAUCAUUCGAACGUUCCAAUGAGUGGAGGAGGACAAAGCUCUGAUGGCUCAAAUGCAGGAGGAAUAUUUGUACAAUUCAAUCAGGACUGCACACGAUGGCAUCGAGGAAAUUUACGCCAGCCGCUCAGGGCACGAGACCUGCCUCGUCGACCGACUAUUCAGCAGCUCGCUUGUGGCUGUGGUCACUGUAUCCGCUCCCAGGAAGCUGAUAGUAUGCCAUUACAAGAAGGGUACUGAGAUAUGCAACUACAGCUACAGCAACACCAUCCUGGCAGUGAAGCUCAACAGAUCCAGGCUCAUCGUGUGUCUGGAGGAGUCGCUGCACAUCCACAACAUCCGCGACAUGAAGAUCCUGCACACCAUCCGCGACACGCCGCCCAACCCGCGCGGCCUCUGCGCGCUGUCGCCCUGCGUGGACCACUGCUACGUGGCCUACCCCGGCUCCAGUGCCGUGGGAGAAGUGCAGAUCUUUGACGCCGUGCAUCUGAAUGCAAAGUGCGUGAUCAGUGCGCACGACAGCCCGCUGGCGGCGCUGGCGUGGUCCAUGUGCGGGCGCCGGCUCGCCACCGCGUCCGAGCGCGGCACCGUCAUCCGCGUGUUCGCGGUGCCCGAGCGGACGCGCCUCUACGAGUUUCGGCGCGGCGUCAAGCGCUGCGUGUCCAUCGCCUGCCUCGCCUUCAGCGCCUGCGGCAGCUACCUGGCCGCCACUUCCAACACGGAGACCGUGCACGUGUUCCGGCUCACCGAGCCCGCGCCGGCUGGGCCCGCGGCCGACGAGCCCGCGCCGGCCGAUGACGAGGCGGCGGGGGGCUGGAUGGGCUGGCUGUCCAGCGCCGUGUCGGCCGGCGCGGGCUACCUGCCGGCGCAGGUGGCGGACGUGCUGGCGCAGGGCCGCGCCUUCGCGGCCGCGCGCCUGCCGCACACGGGCUACCGCGCGGUGGCCGCCAUCACCAGCGUGGCGCGCGCGCCGCGCCUGCUGGUGGCCACGGCGCAGGGCGUGCUGUACGUGUACGCGCUGGACGCCGAGGGCGGCGACUGCACGCUGCUGCGCCAGCACCAGUUCCUGGAGCGGCCGGCCGCGGCCCCCGCGCCGCAGGAAGAGUCGGAGCGCGCGGCCGAGCUGGGCGCGGCGCUGGAGGCGGCGCCGGCGCCCGCGCGGGCCUUCGACCUGCGCGACCCCAAGCACUUCCCGCCCAUGCGCCCCGAGCGCCCCGAGCGCGCCGACCCCGCCGCCCACUAGCUGCAGCGCCCGCCGCCGCCCCUGUACAUAGUGUAUAGACCGAGCAUCACGAGUGAUAUCUAUCUGACGACGGAUGACUCCGAGAGAGCUUGCAUCUACGUGUGUAAAUUAAUUAUUGUAGCGUUUUCAUGCUACAGACGAAAGGAACAUUAUUAUUGGAAAUCCAAUAAAAUUACUAUAAUAUUGUAAAUAAAUGUAAAGGACCUUAAAAAUGACAUAGUUAAGUGUGCCUGCGCGCCCGGCGCCAGCCGCGCCACGCAGAGAGCCGACGGCCCCGGCCCGCGACCUCCUCGCCGCCUCCUUCCACCUUCAAAGCUGCUAACGGGAAACUAACAUCCGCGUGUCUCGUUACAUUUACUGCCUUAGCUAUCAAAAACAAUUUGAUCAUGAAAACAGUUGUCUCAUAAGAAACUAACGACAAUACUCAAAAAUCACUUGACUUGGCGCAGACGGAUGUGUCACAUAAUUCACCUAUAAUUUAGUUGCUUCAAAGUGAUUAGAGAUGCUCCGUUAAUUACUAUCUAGAUAUAAGAGAUGCAUGCACCGAUUUCCAUUAUUUUCUGCAUUGCUAUAAUUACAUACACCUUGCAGUAUUGUAUUGUGAGUCGAGGUGAGCAGGUCGCGGACAGAAAGCAGCUGUGUAGCUAAUUGUAAUUAUUAAUAUUGUAUGUGUAAAGGUGGCCUCUCACGGUUAGUUUAUUGAUUUCACGAAUAGCAUAGGAACUCUGACCGCGGACUCUAGCAGUCACCGAAGUUUGUUCUGUGAUAAUAUGUAUGUGUAUGAUCUGUUCUGUCUUUGCUACCUGUAGCGCGGCCGCUGGGCCGCUGGGCGUCACCUACUUCCGUUGGGAAGCCACUUUUACAAUUGAGUCUCUGCAAAUGAACAUUUCUUUUAUAUAAUCGAAAAAUAUUAAGCGUGAUUAUAAGAAA